CGUUCGUACGUGCGAGCGCACGCUUGGGUCAGUCAGCAGAGCAGCGUGAGCUCUGCGUUGAGCGAUACAGAAGUCUAAAGUCUAAAAGGAAUGUUGAGUGAGCGACAAUGGCUAGUAUUGUGGAACUUGGAUUUAGGACACAUGAAACUACAUCCUAAACUGGUAUUACUCUCAUACAGCUGAGGGAAAUGGGGAAUGGAAUAUCAGAGCAACCUAACUUCCUCCCCAGUCUUCCAUUCUUUAAUUCUCUUCACAUCGCUAUUCUGGGUCUGGACUCUGCAGGCAAAACCACUGUGCUGUACCGUCUGCAGUUCAAUGAGUUUGUCAACACUGUCCCUACCAAAGGUUUCAAUGCAGAAAAAGUCAAAGUAUCUUUGGGGGACUCACGAACAGUGACGUUUCACUUUUGGGACGUUGGCGGACAGGAGAAACUGCGUCCUCUUUGGAAGUCCUACACACGUGGCACGGAUGGUAUUGUGUUUGUUGUGGACUCUCUGGACGCAGAGAGAAUGGAAGAGGCUAAAACAGAGCUUUACAAAAUUGCCCAUUCCUCUGAAAAUCAAGGAGUGCCUGUGCUGAUUAUUGCUAAUAAGCAGGACUUGAGACAGGCACUGUCACUAUCACAGAUAGAGACCAUGCUGGCACUCAAUGAACUGGGACCCACCACUCCAUGGCACCUGCAGCCCACCUGUGCCAUCAUUGGUGACGGACUCAAAGAGGGACUAGAAAGGCUUCACGAAAUGAUCCUAAAACGAAGGAAAAUGCUCAAACAGCAAAGAAAGAAAAAAUAGUCAGAAAAUGUAUUAUGUAAAGGACAAAAGAUGUUGAUAGUUACAAACUGUCAUUUUUAUUUUCCCAAAGUUUGUUAGAACUGAAAAGUGCUUUAGUUGUUUGUUUACUUGUUGUUUACCACUCUUGUUGUUUACUAUGUCGCAGACACUUUAAAAAAAAAGAUAUAUAUAAACCUAAUAUAAAACUUGACAUUUUACUGUCACACUGAAGGAUGAAUUAUUGAAGGUUUUAUUUAGAGUAUGUUUACUUGCAAUAAAAGGGCUUUAAAUGAUUAUUCUAAAUUGUCAAUUGCAAUACUUGAACCUAUCUAAUGAGUUCAGAUUAAAUAUUUUGUCCAACAUGGCAGUCAUUUUGGACUUAAACUGACACACUCACCUUCCACUUUAUUAGAAACACCUGUACACCUACGUAUUCAUGUGAUUAUCUAAUAUCAAUGUAUAAAACCAUUCAGAUAUGAGUCAGGAGCUUCAAUUAAUGUUCACAUCAACUGUUAGAAUGGGGGGAAAAAUGUGAUCUCAGUG